AUGAGCUGGGAUCGAGUCAUUCAAGAUUCCGACGAGGAGGAGCCCCUCGAAGGAGACGAGCUCCAGGAUAUUCCAUCAUCGGCCGAUCCCCUUCAAGCACUCGAGCCCAAUGUGCAGCAACGACAAUACGAUGCUCCCGCCCAACACACAAUCCACAGUGCAGUAAACAAGGCUCCUGCUGCCCCGGACGAAAGCAUGUUUCCACAGUUUAAUGUCAAUUUUGAUGAAUUCCUUCAGUCGCAAGAUCGAAGCCAUACGAUGUUAUCGUCGUCUCAGCAGCGGCGGGAGGAGAAAUGGAUUCCUUCAUACAAUGAGAGUGGCAGCGGAUCAGUUGGUGGUAUGAUGACCGAGAUUGGUCUUGCGCAAAGACGGCUGAUGGACGAUGACCCGUCAACAGCUGGCCAACAGCUACCAUCCACAGCCCUUCAAUUCUCAGUACAACCCACAUAUGCGCAAGUUCCGGCAAAUUUUAAUUUUCAUGCCCAACCGGCUCAAUUUGAACACAAUAGCUUUGGCUAUACCGAACAACCGAAUGAAACGCAUACCAACGAGAAUCAGUCAUUGCUGUCCUCCAGACAGAGCAUCUAUGACUUGAAUUCGAAUUCUAUGGCCUCAAUGCCCACAAGUUUUCCGCAUGAGAUGGCCGAGUUUCCUCGUUUCAAGGAACGAGAGAAUCCAAUCUCGAUUCCGACUCAGAUUAUUGCUCAGCAAAAUGCUUACCAGCCCGAGUUUUACUCAUCCCAUGAUACCGAACCAAUAUCAUCUGUUGUCUCAACAAAAUUGAUCGAAUUGAAAAGUGAUUCCAGUGGAUCGAGUCUUUCGUCCCCGCCAAACUCACAGACAAGCGCACCCGAUGAGCUCUCACUGCCAGCAGCACCUGUGCCUGUCGUAGCCCCAGUCCCAAAGAACAAGCGAGGACGUCCCAGGAAAGAAGCAAUCCCAGACAGCGACGACGAAGAUGACGAGCUAGCGUUCCCCCGAGACCACGAGCUGCAACAGCCCAGUACAAAUGGUGCAAUUCAUCCAUCCGGUAGUGAACAGACUACGGAAACCAACACCCCGAUCACAGGUGGGGUCUUUGGUGAGAGCAAGGGAGAUGGGUUAGAACGCGUCGCCAAGCCUGCAAACCCAGUGCCCAAGGUGCCCAAAAAGAAGAAGGCCAAGAAGGAGAAAUCGGCACCGGUUCCGCACACAGUCCCUGGAAAUGACGAUGAAGUAAUAUGGGUAGACACGAAACCCAUCGAGACCGAGCCCACAUCUAAGACCAUUCCUCAGAUGGCCGCCUCGAGCAAGGACCUCAACGCAACAAAAGAUCUCAAGGCAGCUGAAACAACAUCCAAAGAAAACACCCCACAGUCAAUCCAGAACACCGAACAACCGGCUCCCAAGAAGCGCGGACGCAAACGCAAGAAGCCAGCGGAGGAAACUCCAACAGAUUCACCAGCCCCCGAAGCAGUCAAAUCACACACAAGCACCGAAACCCCCAGCUCGAAGAUUUCAGUCGUGGUCAACACCAGCCCAAACGCUGUUCCCAUCAGCAACAGCAAUGAUAAGCACACCCCUGGAAUCCCAGAUCAGAACCAGGACCAACAGCAAGACCAAGAGCCCAACCCUCAACCCCAAACACCCUCCAAAUCAGUCCCCAACACCGUCGAAACGCCCCAGAAUCAGAAUCAGAAUGCCGCAAAGGGACCGAGCAAACACAGUCCCAUCUCGGCGCGGAGUACUGUACCCCUUCGCGUGGGAUUGAGUAAGAGGGCUAGGAUUGCGCCGUUGUUGAAGAUGGUUCGGAAGUAA